GCUCCCUGGCUCGUUGCUAAGAUCAGCAUAGUUUUACUUAGAACCAGUUAAAGGUUUCUUUGGUCGUUACGUUUCGAUCGUCGGAUUGAUUAUUGAAAUAGAACCGUUGGCAUGGCAAAGAAGUGCUAUCCAACAGUGAGCGAAGAGUAUCAAAAAGCGGUGCAGAGAUGUAAGAGAAAGCUUCGGGGACUAAUUGCCGAGAAGCAUUGUGCUCCCAUCAUCCUCCGUUUAGCAUGGCACUCAGCUGGAACAUUCGAUGUGAACACUAAGACAGGAGGGCCAUUCGGGACGAUCAGGCAUCCGGAUGAGCUUGCCCAUGAUGCCAACAACGGUCUUGACAUAGCUGUUAGGCUUUUGGAGCCCAUUAAGGAGCAGUUUCCCAUUUUGUCUUUUGCAGAUUUCUACCAGCUGGCUGGAGUUGUUGCUGUUGAAGUGACAGGAGGGCCUGAGAUUCCUUUCCACCCUGGGAGACCGGACAAAACUGAACCACCUCCGGAGGGUCGUUUGCCAGAGGCCACCAAAGGCUCGGAUCAUCUGAGAGAUGUCUUUGGACACAUGGGUCUUAGUGACAAAGACAUAGUUGCCUUAUCUGGUGGUCAUACACUGGGCAGGUGCCAUAAGGAGCGCUCCGGCUUUGAGGGACCCUGGACCAAUAAUCCUCUCAUUUUUGAUAACUCCUAUUUCAAGGAACUUCUGAGUGGAGAGAAGGAAGGUCUUAUCCAGUUGCCAACCGACAAAGCACUCUUGGAGGAUCCUGUCUUCCGCCCUCUUGUUGAGAAAUAUGCUGCAGAUGAGGAUGCCUUCUUUGCUGACUAUGCCGACUCUCAUUUAAAGCUUUCUGAGCUUGGGUGAAUUCGCAGAUGCUGAGUAGGAGACUGCCAAAAGGAACAUCAAGCUGUCGUCUGGGGUCUGAUUUUGUCAUGUUUAGUUUUCAGGCAAAAUAGUGCUACGACUAUCGUUUAUGAGUCUUAGUCGUUUGGAUAAACAUGUUGAUGCAAAAUUUGUGUUGUGGUUUUGCGGUUAUGGCCCUGUCUCUGUAAGCAUUUGGGACCAAGGAUCGCCUCCGUUUGGUGUAUGUUUAGUUUGAAUGAAUGUAGUAAGGUCCAGUAGCCUGUUAAGAUUUCA